AUGAGAUUCAAUCCAACUUCAUUCAUCAAAGACAUUAAUAGAGCAUACAAUAAUUAGAAUUCUAAGGCUACUUCUAAAUUGGAAUCAUACCAUAAAUUUCCAGAAUAUAAUUAAUGCAAACAAAGUCAAUCAGAUCUUUAAAUAGUUAUAUCAAAAUGUGGAUAAUUUCAGAAACUUGAUGAUAAUUCAAUCAAUAAGAAAAUUGAAUUAAAAAACCAAAUUUCAAUAUAAUAAUCAUCAUCAUUAUAAGAAGAAGAUGUUAAAUUAAAUUUAAUAGAUUAAUCUAUUAAAUAAGUUGAUUGUUGUGUAAGUAUAGCUUUCAAUUCUUUUGGAACAAUUAUGGUAUCUACAGAGAAAAAAGUCAUUAAAGUAUGGAGUUUUAAAAAUGGAAGAAUGUAAUUAUAAUAAAGUUUGGAAUAACAUAGUGGUGGGGUUAAUUGCUUAAUAUAUAAUAGAAUAUAGGAUGCAUUUCUAUCAAGUUCAAGUGAUAAGACUAUAAGAAUAUGGAAAUAAAAAAGGGAUAAGCUCAUAAUUUUAUCAAUAACAUGCAGAUAAGGUAUCUUGGAUGAUUUUAAAUUAAAAGGAGGAUCAAUUAUUCUCUAGAGGUAAGGAUAAUUCAAUUAAAGUGUGGUAAUUAGAUUUCAAUAACGACAAAAUGAUUUAUUUAUAUUCAUUGAAUUAACAUAAGAUAGAAGUAUUUGCAUUAAGUUUAAACUAAUCAGAGAGCUUAUUAGUAUCAUGUGGUAAUGGCGAGAAUGA